UUUGCUAGUGAUAUCUAGUGGGUUAUCUGAUUUUGGAACUAUGCAAUGGCAUUUAGUAUUAGCCUUGAUUGCUGCAUGGGUCUCCAUAUUUCUUUGUAUAGUAAAGGGUGUCAAAUCAGUUGGAAAGGUGGUGUACGUUACGGCAACAUUUCCCUACGUUAUAAUAGUUAUCCUGUUCGUAAGAGCCGUUACACUUCCCGGAGCAAUCAAAGGUAUAGAGUUCUAUCUCAUACCAGAUUUCUCCAAACUCGUCGAUUUGCAGAUGUGGACUGAAGCCUUACUGCAGCUGUUCUUCUCGUUGGGAAUGGGGUGGGGAGGAUUUAUAACAAUGGCCAGUUACAAUAAAUUUAACAAUAAUAUCUUGAGAGAUACUGUUAUAUAUUGUGUCAUUGGCGAAGGAACAAGUAUAUUGGCUGGUUUUGUGGUAUUUUCUGUGCUUGGUUUUAUGUCAUAUGAAACUGGGCUGGAAAUCGUCGAUAUUAUUAGAACAGGACCUGGACUGGCUUUCAUUGCUUAUCCCGAAGCUCUGAGUCAACUUCCAUUACCACAGUUAUGGGCAGUUCUUUUCUUCUUGAUGCUCUUAUUGGUGGCCUUAGACACAAUGCAAUUGGCCUGUUAUUAA